CUGAUGGACCGACGCGUUGAACAGUCAGUGUGUCGGUGGCACGGCCGGAUUUGUGUUCGCUCGCGUCGCGCCCCUCCUCUCUCAUCUCAGAUCCGCCAAACCCGGCUGCUGGCAGAUCGCCCCGCCUCGCCACCAUGGCCGCGGCCUCCCCUCCGCUCCUCCCCACCACCGCCGUCGUCCCGGCGGCCGCCACGCCAUCCCCAACCCCCAUCCCCAUCCCCAGCGCCGCCGCCGACGACGCCAACCCGGCCGCGGUGCGCGCCUUCCUGUCCCGGCUCCUCGACUCCGGGCGGCGCGCGCUCUCGGGUGCCCGCCCCUGGUCCGAGCUCGCGGACCGCGCGGCGCUCUCCCGUCCGGAGUCCCUGGCCGACGCCACCUCCCGCCUCCGCAAGAACCUGGCCUACUUCCGCGUCAACUACGCCGCCGUGGUGGCGCUCUCCCUGGGCGCGUCGCUCCUGGCCCACCCCUUCUCGCUGGCGGCGCUCCUGGCCCUGCUCGCCGCCUGGUGCCUGCUCUACAUCCUCCGCCCCGCCGACGCGGCGCCGCUCGCCGCCUUCGGGCGCACCUUCUCGGACAAGGAGGUGCUGGGGGGCCUGAUCGCGUCCUCGGCGUUCGUGGUGUUCCUGACCUCCGUGGGGUCGCUCAUCUUCUCGGCGCUGGCCCUGGGGGCGGCCGUGGUGUGCGCGCACGGCGCGUUCCGCGUGCCGGAGGAGUUGCUGUUCGUGGACGAGGCCGCGGAGCAGAGCGGCAACCCGCUCAUGUCCUUCCUGGCUACUGCAGCAGGCAGCACAAGAGGAGGACGCGUGUGAGUGAUGGAGAAUCAAUUGGAGAAUUGGAUGUGAUGACUUAUUUGAGUAUGCUUGUUGCUUUAAUCGAUUGAUUGAUUCAUACUA